AUGUCUGCCACACUGACCAAAACGCUCUUCCCUGGUGUGGCCGUGGUGACUGGUGCUGGCGGAACUGGAAUCGGUGCUGCCGUGGCAAAGGCUUUUGCGGCCGCAGGAUGCGAACGCAUAGCUAUCACAGAUUUGAAUGAAACCACUCUGGAGCAGACCAAAAACGCAGUUGCCGCCGCUCAUCCUCACACCCAGCUACUAGUUCACUCUGGGAACGUGGCAGAUGAUCAAUUCGCUGAUUUAUUUAUGAAUAAAGUAGUCCAAUACUUUGGUCGCGUCGACUAUGCUGUGAAUUGCGCCGGUGUACUCGGGCAGCCUCUACGGUCAGUGGAAACUAGUCUCGAGGAGUUUGACCGGUUGAACAGCAUCAAUUAUCGAGGAUGUUGGCUCUCAUCCCGAGCACAGCUGAGACAGAUGGUCAAACAAGAUGCACUGUCUAGUCAUGAUCCUAGUCGGCCUCCCCAGCGAGGUGCUAUAGUAAAUGUUGCCAGUCAGCUAGGGCUUGUCGGCCGACCGAAUGCGCCCGCAUAUUGUGCUUCAAAAUCAGCAGUGAUUGGCAUGACCCGAGCGGACGCCAUUGACUACUCCAAAGAUGACAUCAGGGUAAACUGCGUAUGCCCUGGUGUCAUCGAGACCCCAAUGAUCAUGGAGAAGGCGGAACUUCGAGAAGCUAUCACGCCUGCGGCGGAGACAACUCCAAUGAAGAGGAUGGGGAAGCCGGCGGAGAUUGCUGAUGCAGUCUUGUUUCUUUGUUCAACUCAAGCGUCAUUCGUCCAAGGCCAUGCGAUGGUUGUUGAUGGUGGGUAUAUCACGGUAUAA